UCUGUAGAAUUUGUUGGUGCAUCCAUAGCACAUAAAUUUCAUGAGAAAAUUACUGUAUUUAUUGUCGCAAAUGUAUUAAAUUCAACCUCAAAUCAUGUGCUAAGCGAUAAUAAUAGACAGUCCACUUGAUGUUCCAAUAGUUGUUAAUAGUAGUUAAUAGUCAUAUUCACACAAUUGUGCUGGUCAAGAUGGUUGGACGAAAUAAGCAAAUAAUUCCCAUCAAAUUUCCAUUUUUACAUGUCGUUUUAUCACAUUUCAUCGUAAUGUUUUGCACAAUAUGCUUCUUCGAGGAUGAGCAAUUCAUUAGUACGGGAAAAUUGUAUUCACCGAUUACAUUAAUAUUGGCUGCUGGCGAACUAUUACGUUGGGGCAUCAGUAAAUAUUCAUUUGGAUUGGAUGUCAGCAUCAAAGAGUACUCAAUAUCCAGCACACGAUUAACAGCAGCUAAAAAUCUGUCCACGGUGGCACAUAUAAAAAAUUAUUGUAAAUUGUGUGCACUGUUGAUGACAUUUGUCGUCGUAUUUAUCGUUACAUGUAUAUUAAUGGGAGCACCGUAUUAUCAAAAUUAUGAAGAAACACUUGCACUAUCCAUUCUACUAACAUCGCUUACAAUUUUACCGAUUGGCCUGUUUUUGGGACCAUCGAAAACCAUACAGUAUUUAUUUUACGAUUCAUUUGAAUUGAAUUCAACGUUUGACAUUUGGCAAUUGGAGCUGUUGCAAUAUAAUGCAUUCGGUACAUUGGUUGGAGCAUGGGCUGGUUCGGUGGUUGCACCAUUAGAUUGGGAUCGACCAUGGCAAGCAUAUCCAAUACCGAAUAUCGUUGGAGCCGUACUUGGAUUUUCAUUCGCAAACAUUCACACGUUCCUUUCAUCGAUUAUACAAAUUAGCGAUCGAAUGAUUGAUAUGUCGAUUAUUUCAAAUGAAAAGAAAGCCAUAUAAUUACCAUUUUGCUAUAGCACGUGUCAUUAUAGAACGUUUACAGUUUCCAAUUGUUAUUAUUAUUAUUUAUUCAACUAUUAUUAGUAUUUCUUUUUUUUCUCUCUUCUGUAAUGAACAUAUGUAUUUAUGUACUGUAAGUUAAUUAUCUGCCAAAAAUCUAUUUUCCGCGUGGCGAUCAAUUGUAGAACGAACACUAAGAAAUACAUAAAUAAAAAAAGAAUGUAAGAAAACACGCA